AUGACGGCAACCUCUGUUCGCGACACCGAGGCCCACUCCGGUGAGAAGCCCCUCAUCCUCAUUGCGGCUUUCCCUGGUGAGGGACACACAAAUCCUCUCCUAGCCAUUGCAGCCCAUCUUGUCAAGAAUGGUUAUGAAGUUGUCUUCCUCACGGUGCCGGACUUUAGCGGCAAAGCUCAAAACGCAGGGGCCGAAUGGAUUCACACGGACAACCCCUUGACGGACGCAACAUUCCAGGCCCUUGGCGCCGCGGCGACCCUGCCUUCCGGACCCGAACGUUUUGCUGCCCAACUCACGGUCGUCUUCUUGGACAACCUUCCAGUACGGACCCAGAGGACCGAGGAAGUUCUGGCACAGUUGAAGGCUAGAGACCCUAGCCGCCAGAUCAUUUUCAUCGAAGACGUCUUUAACUGGUCGUUCAUGCCUUUCAGGUAUGGUCGAUCUCUACCCGACGGCUUUACGGAUAUGCCCAAAACCAUCGGUAUCGGCGUCGCCCCUCUUAUUAUGGAGAGCCGAGACACCGGGCCGGUCCCCCUCGGCCUGCCGCCCGAUUCCACGCCCUCGGGCCGUCAACGAAACCAAGCUCUCCAGGAACUCCUCGAGAAAGGUCCCAUGAAGCCCAUGAUGGAUGCCUGGCAGGAUGCAAUGAGGAAGACAGGAUGCACAAGCAUCCCCGAGACGGGUUUGUGGAGGUCUUGCUACACAGCCCACGAUGCCACCCUACAGCUCUGCUCUCCUAGCCUUGAGUAUCCAAUUUCCGACCUGCCGCCCUCGGUUGACUUUAUCGGCGUGAUGCCGCGCAACAUACCCGAUCCGUCCUAUCAAUACCCCUCUUGGUGGUCCGAGGUAGAAAGAACGCAGAACAACAAAUACCGCCACGUCGUUUUCGUGUCCCAGGGCACCGUUAACCUGGACUACUCCGAGCUUGUGUUGCCGGCCAUCGAAGCCUUCGCCGAUAGGCACGAUGUUCUCGUCGUGGCGGCGCUGGGCGUUCGUGGCGCUCAGCUCCCUUCGAGCUUCACCGUGCCUCCGAACGCUCGAGUUCUGGACUACCUGCCCUACGACACCAUCCUCGAGUAUUCUGACGUUUUCAUCUCGAACGCUGGAUACGGCGCCCUGACGCACGCUGUGCGCAAUGGCGUACCCGUCGUUCUUGCGGGUGAGAACGAGGAGAAGGUUGAGGUUACUAUGCGCGCCGUAUAUGCCGGGCUCGGCGUCAGCCUGGCCACGCAAAGGCCAACCGCGGAGCAGGUCAGGAAGGGGGUUGAUCAGGUGUUGAGGGACACCAAGUACAGAAAGGCAGCGAUGAAGUUGAAGAAGGAAAACGACAGCAUGGAUGCGUUGGCCGCUGUAGAGGAGAAGGUGAAGGAGUUGACGUUGUGA